AUUGGGGACAAAUGUCAGGUUUGAAUUGCGACUGCGAGGACUAUAUCAUAUAGAAAAUCAAAAGUCAUCCCCUCUUCACAGCAAUCCCCCACCUGCUGUCCCCCAAUGUCGUCAAGGUCGGGAACCAUUGUCAGGCUUGUAUUCCCUUGGCUUACUAGAGCCAGAAUACCCCACCUGCUGCUUCCCAUUGUCACUUUAAUCCCACCGCAGAACCCCAAAACUGUUGAUCGAGACGUGAGCUUUUCUCUGUGGCCCAGAUGUGACCACAUCAGAGAGACGCGACCAGCCCAAACUCAUGAGCCCUUUCGGGCCCCCAUUACAAACGUUGUCCCCACGUAUCGGCACCCGGCUGGGUGGUGGCGUGUAUCGUGGGGUAGAUCCUCCUCGGCCUAGUCCGAGAUGCUGGCUCCGGAGCAAAGUAGCCUCUGCCGCGAGAAAUCGUGAGAGUUGAUGUGACGAUCUCGGCAUAUCGCUCUUACUAUCGCGCUUAUCUCCUUCAGA